CUCACAAUCACUACAGUUCUGUUCAACAUGGUAGCCGACAAGACAAAUGUACUUCUCGUGGGCAGCGGCGGAAUUGGAACCAUCGCAGCAUUGAAUCUACAGCGGGGAAACCAAGCGUCUGUGACCUGUGUGUUGCGAUCGAAUUUCGCAGAAGUGAAAGAGAACGGGUUUAAAAUUGAAUCCAUCGAUUGGGGCUCUAUCGAAUCAUUUCGACCAGAUCAGAUCCUCAAUUCUAUCCCCGACGUCUCUUCUGGAAGUCAAAAGCCAUUCCGCUACAUAGUCUGCACCACCAAAAACAUUGCAGACGUCUCACCCACUCUCGCCGAGCUCAUCAAACCCGCCGUAACGCCCGGAUACACCGUGAUAGUGCUCGUCCAAAACGGACUAAACAUCGAACGCCCCAUCAUCGAAGCCUACCCCGAAAACAUCGUCCUCUCCGGCGUCAGUCUCUGCGGCUCCCACGAAACGGCAUACGGCCACAUCAUCCACGAAGACUCGGACGAGCUGUACAUCGGCCCAUUCCGGAACCCUUCACUCGACCCCACCACAGAAGACGACGCGGCCAAGAACUUUAUCCAAAUCUACUCUGCGUCCGGGAAGACGCAGUGCGAGUACGCGCCCAACGUCGGGUGGACGCGCUGGCGGAAGCUGCUCUACAACGCGUGCCUGAAUCCCGUAUGCGCGAUAACCGACCUCGACACCGGCCGUGCCAGGCUCGCGCCCGGGACGAUUGAGGAUCUCGUGAGGCCGGCGAUGGAGGAGAUACGGGCGGGAGCCAAGGCUGUCGGACAUGAUCUCCCAGCCGAACUUGUGGACUUUUUCAUCAACCUCGAUCCGAUCCCGAUGUACAACCCGCCGAGCAUGCAGGUUGACGUGCGAAAGGGCCGCUUCACUGAGUUCGAGAACAUUUUGGGGGAGCCUUUGAAGGAAGGCGCUGCGCAUGGCGUGCCGAUGCCGACGCUGAAAUUCCUGUAUUCCGUUUGCAGAUCGCUGCAGUGGCGGACGAAAGAGAAAAAUGGCUUGGUUACUGUGCCGCCGGCGGAAGACUUUACCAAGCCUACUAAAUAAUUACGGAAGAUUAGGUUCCUAGAAAGAAAGAGGUUUAAUGAGUUGACUUCUUCCAGGUUCUGGCACACAAGUUCCACUUUUGUUGCGGAUAGAAUGUGUUGUUCCUUUGAAGUGGGCAUAGAGCUUACAAACACAGACAUAAAUUCGAAAUUGUUCCACU